AUGAAGAGCAGGGUGACACAAGUAAAUCAUGGUUCCAGCUAUGAAAGGAAGGAAAACUACAGUUCACGCCAAAGAAGUUUGUCUCCAGAGGACAGGGAUAUAGAGUGUGACAGAUCUCCAUCUCCCAGAAAGAGAAGGUACUCUGAUGACAGCAGAUAUGAUCAGGAAUAUUCAAGAAGGGAAUACUAUGAUGACAGAACUUCAGAUGGAAGAAGGUUGGAAAGGGGGAGAGAGAGACACCAUGAAAAAUGGGAGGAGAGAGAAUCUGAUCGAAGGAAGCAGAGAAGAUACUCAUCACCUGAUCGUAGGAGUCCAGAGAGGUCGACAGUCCAGAGCUCACUUGCUCAUGAUGAGACCACUUCAAAGAAGAAGAAAGAAGAAGUGGAUCCAAUUCUUACUCGCACAGGUGGUGCAUAUAUUCCACCUGCCAAGCUCAGGAUGAUGCAAGAGCAAAUCACUGAUAAAAAUAGCUUGGCAUAUCAGAGGAUGAGUUGGGAAGCCUUGAAGAAAUCGAUCAAUGGUCUUGUCAAUAAAGUGAACGUUUCUAAUAUAGAAAAUAUCAUUCAUGAGCUCCUUCAGGAAAAUAUUGUUCGGGGAAGGGGAUUGCUGUCUCGAUCCAUUUUGCAAGCUCAGAGUGCCUCUCCAAUUUUUACCCAUGUUUAUGCAGCUCUUGUGGCAAUUAUCAAUUCAAAGUUUCCAAAUAUUGGUGAAUUGAUUCUCAAGAGGUUGAUACUAAAUUUUCGCAAAGGAUAUCGCAGAAAUGAUAAGCAACUCUGUCUAACGUCUUCAAAGUUUGUUGCACACUUGAUGAAUCAGAAUGUGGCUCAUGAGGUUUUAUGUUUGGAAAUGCUCACUUUGCUGCUCGAAAGGCCAACGGAUGACAGUAUAGAAGUAGCAAUUGGGUUUAUUAAAGAGAGUGGGCUCAAAUUAACAGAAGUUUCUCCUAGAGGUAUUAAUGCAAUCUUUGACCGUCUUCGACACAUUCUGCAUGAAUCUAAAAUUGAUGUGCGUGUGCAGUAUAUGAUAGAAGUCAUGUUUGCUGUACGGAAGGAUGGCUUCAAGGAUCAUCCAAUCAUUCCAGAGGGAUUAGAUCUAGUGGAAGAGGAGGAUCAGUUUACUCAUAUGUUGCCAUUAGAAGAUGACUACAACCCAGAAGAUGUUCUUAAUGUUUUCAAGAUGGAUCCGAACUUUAUGGAAAAUGAAGAGAAAUACAAAAUGCUGAAGAAAGAAAUUCUUGAUGAAGGUGACAGUGAAUCUGAAGCAGAUCAAGAGGCUGGAAGUAGUGAGGAAGACGAAGAAGAUGAUGAAGAGGAGGAUGAAGAUGGUCAGAAAGUUACUGUCCAUGACAAAACAGAAAUUAACUUGGUCUCCUUCCGUCGUACAAUUUAUCUUGCUAUUCAGUCAAGCUUAGACUUUGAAGAAUGUGCUCACAAAUUGCUGAAGAUGGACUUUCCUGAAAGUCAGACUAAAGAACUCUGCAAUAUGAUACUUGACUGCUGUGCUCAGCAACGAACAUAUGAGAAGUUCUUUGGGUUACUGGCAGGGCGUUUCUGCAUGUUAAAAAAAGAAUAUAUGGAAUCCUUUGAAGCUAUUUUCAAAGAACAGUAUGAUACCAUUCAUCGUUUGGAAACGAACAAAUUGAGGAAUGUUGCCAAGAUGUUUGCUCAUCUACUGUACACCGAUUCAAUUCCCUGGAGUGUCCUUGAAUGUAUAAUACUGAGUGAAGAAACUACCACAUCCUCCAGUAGAAUUUUUGUCAAAAUAUUCUUUCAGGAACUCAGUGAAUAUAUGGGACUUCCUAAUCUAAAUGCAAGAUUAAAAGAUGAAACAUUGCAGCCUUUCUUUGAGGGAUUGCUGCCUCGGGAUAAUCCAAGAAACACUCGCUUUGCCAUCAAUUUCUUCACUUCUAUUGGCCUUGGAGGACUAACGGAUGAAUUACGGGAACAUCUUAAAAACGCACCAAAGAUGAUAAUGACACAGAAACAAGAUGUUGAGUCAUCAGAUUCCUCUUCAUCUUCAGAGACAGAUUCUUCUUCAGAUUCUGAUUCUGACAGCAGCAGCAGUAGCUCAGAGUCAUCCAGUAGCAGUGACUCCUCAUCUAGUAGUGGCAACAGCAGUGACUCAGAUGUUCCUAAAGCCAAAAGAAAGAGAAUGCAAAAGAAAAAUAGAGAAUCUGAUAAAGUUUCUGGGAAAAAACAAGAAAGGAGAAGGAAAUCACUUGAAAAGAAAAUGGGAAGGAGGCAGCAAGAGGAAAGAAGUGAUACUGAGAGCAAAUCAGAAAGAAAUCACCGAAACGUGAGAGAAUCACACAGGAGAGAUGACGUAUCAAAAUAUCACAGAGACGAGUCCAAUGGCAGAGACAGUUACCACAGUGGAAAGGACAGGAACCAUGAAAGAAGUAAGGAUCUAGAAAAUAAACACAGUAAUUCAAAACCGAAGAAAGCAGAGAGAAGAGCUUCUCUGUCUGAUGAUGAAAGUUACAGACACUGGAGCAAAGAUAAUGGACAUCGCAGUAGAAAAAGGGAAAGAUCAAAAUCUGGAGAGAGAGCCCAUAAUAACUCAAGUCCAAGAGAGGAGGACCAAGACGACCGAUACAGAAAUGGUUCAGAAAAAUACCAAGAGAAGUACAACCGUUACUGUGACCAGUACAGAGAAUCCAGAAAGAAGGAGGACAGACGAAGGGAGAAUUCCCCACAUAGACGAAAGUAA